CGUGCACCUCCGAAGGUACUAAGAAAUCCGACGUCAGCAAUGCCUUCAGCCGUCGCGCCUCCGUCCAUUACUCCUUUGCCCUGAAGUACAGUGGGCGGCCAAGCUGGCCCGCCCCUUUCCAAUGGUACUAUGGCUGUCGACAGUCUCUCCCCGAUUGCGCCUGCGCGCAUUCGGGCGCUAUUGCUCCCCGUGGGUCGCAUCAAGCGGUCGCGAUUCCUCGCCUUUGUGGAUCUACUGCGACCGCAUUGUAUGGUACGAUUAGGUGAUGUUAGUCCAGAUUCACGACCGGAUAGGAAUAUGUUCUCCCCCCUGGCAUUUCCCCAUGGGACUCUGUUGUACGACCUCUCAACAUCUCUGCCGACCCCUUCCCAGGCUGCCUUGGCUCCUUUCGAGAUCUUCAGAGAACCACUCCUCAUUAUCGGCGUUGGAGAUGCGGCGGAGUAUCCUUGGCCGGAUGAAUCACGUGACCAUUCUCAUGUUUCGGACGAAACUCAGCAUGACAUGACUGACCUACUCGAUCGGAUUCGCGAGCAGUUUCCUAAGGCAUAUCUGCACACGCUCAUGAUGUUUGCUUGUGCAACUCCCGGACCACACCCGCUAUUACCCCAAGAGACGAUCUAUGUCCCUCCCGCUUCGCAACAAAAGACCACCACUAUGAAGACCAUCGUCUGCGACGUGACCUCAAAACUCCUAGCAGAGAUGACUACUUUAGCACGAUCCAUUCAAGCAUUACCAACCGUACCUUCGCCGGCCUCUCAAAUGACUAGUCCUACCGAUGGGAAUCCAGGAUGGAUGAAUUCUGAUUCAGUUGGUUCCCAGUCUCCCCGCCGGAAUUCACAGAUUCCCGCUGUAUCGCGUCCAGACUCUCCAUCUAGUAUUAAUUCACGAGAUCUGCAUCGAAUGUCAAUGCCCGUUCUACCAUCAGCCAACCCAUCUCUUGCUACCGAUGAUUCAUCGUCUAGCACCCAAGGCACACGGACUCCGCCGACCACUUUUGACGACAUCCCUGCUGUAGCAAACUCCAUCAGUCGUACAAACAGCACAUCUUCUAAGCCGCCAGCGGCAACUAGAGACGCUAGUGCCGACCGCGUUUCUAUCCAUGGGUUCGGUUCGGGAGGCGUUGGAGAGCGUGCCAGGAAUAAGGGUCGUGGACGAAUCAGCAUCGUCAUUGGUACCCUAUAUCUAUGUGCUGGGCAGUGGCAUGAAGCUUUGAAAGAAUUAUCAGAAGGGGCUUCACGGGCACGUGCGCUUAGUGACCAUCUGUGGCACGCUAAGGCGCUUGAGAGCAUUCUGGUGUGCCUGUUACUGUUUGCGUGGGCUGGCAUGGAUUUUCAGAUCCCGCAAGUAUGUUCUCCGACAGGAGAAAAGUCAUCAGGCACCAAGUCUCCACAACAUACACCCUCCAACAGCAUUAGCGAAGUUUCCGCGCCCACUCUGCCCCCUCCAACAAGCCAUGAGCUGGCUCUGGAAAACCUCAAUGCCUUGAUCCCGGACCUGGUCAAUAUGAUCCUCUCUAUAUACAACAGAGCUUCAAACUUUGCUGGCGAAUCGCUUCCCCCACUGGCAUUCUCAGAAUGCGUCAUCAGGUUCUCCAAACUUCUUACCGCCAUGAAUCUUUCCGCAGGAUAUCUGGACGACGAUGCACUUCAACAUCUGGUGCAAAAUACUCCCUUCCGUCAAAAACCGAGGCUCUCCGUCCCUAGGCUAAGUGUUAAUCCCACAAGAAAUGAUAUCGCAAAUAUGCUCUUCCGCGCUUUACCCGGGCAUGGUGAAUCAUCGGGGUUUACCCCUACAGAUAGAGUAGUGGUACUCGCUGGUGUCGCUUCUGUCCUUUCUGCCCUGGGAAUGCAGAGGAAGAAAGCUAUCGUAAUCAAGGAGUUCAUUACGUCUCUGAUUCCCGGCCUUGUGCAAGCAAGGAAAGUCGGCGCAGCGGAAAUGGGAGUGCAUCCUGCAGCUGGGUUGGCUGCCCUUGCCAAUACUGGAGGAGGCGGGCCUGGUGUAGGCUCCCUGCAUCUGGGUGAGGGUGAGAUUGAGAGUGGGAUGGACGAAUUCCUCGGCCUGUUGGGAAGAAUAUAUGGAAUUCCCGGUUCUAAUUCCUCUCUCGAUAGCAGUCGGAUGACCACGAAACAGUUACCUAACGGUGAAACGGGCAAGAUGGUCAUCGAGGAUAUACUCGAAACCUCAUCGCUGCGGUCAUUUGGGAGCCUAAAUUUAAAAUUGGACAUCUUGCGCCUAUGCAUCAACUUCUGCGAAGCGCUUCCUGAUUUCAAGGGCGUCCUACACUUUACAUCCUUGUUACUACGAGUGGCCGGUCCGGGAACUGCCCCGAAAUCAAACAGCACCGACGUGAUUGUAUCUCUUCCUCAUGACGAGCAAGUUCGCCUCUACGCAAACCUUUCCCGUACCGUCAUCGCCGCAAACAAGUUGGGAUUGCAACAAGUCCUCACGGAUUACUGGGAUGAUUUCAUGGUGAGGGGUAUUCAGAUAGUCGAGGAGCCGGCCCACCUGCGUUUGGUCCCUCAUCGUCCGGCCGAAAUGAAGUCCGCGACAUCUGGUCGAGAGGGUCCCUUCAUUCAUAAUCCGUGGGUCAAACGACCGACAUCCACCCCGACUGAGACAGUGCUGGUGGCGGAUGAAGAAUACAAGUUCAUCAUAUCGCUGCAGAAUCCCUAUGAUUUCGAGUUGGAAGUUGAAUCCCUUAGAGUAGCCGCGGAUGGGGUUGAUUUCUCGGCACAGGAGCAAUUCUUCAUCCUCGGCCCCUACAGGACCCAGAAAUUUCCCAUCACUGGGAUCGCUCGCACUUCCGGCAUUCUCACCAUAACGGGGUGCCUGGUCAAGGUCGCAGGCUGCCGAGAACGUUUGUUCCCCAUUUUCUCCGAGCCAUGGAAACCCGAGAGAGAAUCGAAACUGAAAUCAAUUGGCCUAUCAGCGUGCCUUGGUGCGCCUGUAUCCCGACCUUCUUCGGCUGUCGAUCCAGCUGUAGAAUUGAGACCGUCCAUCGCACCGAAAAUGCAGACUCUGACCUUUUCAGUCAUUGAGAGUCAACCCCUUCUUACAGUGGCCGACGUGUCGCUUCCUCAAGGAUCGGUGAUGCUGCUGGAGGGUGAGAGCAAACCAUUCACAGUGACGCUGAAGAACACUUCCCUAACCACGGCUGUGGACUUCGUUCACGUCACUUUCCAAGACUCCGCAUCUUCGGCAUUACAAGCAGCCAUGAGCAAUAAAGAUCUUCCUGCAGCAGAGCUGCACGAACUUGAGGUCCAGUUAGCUCAAUAUCCAUCCCUGAAGUGGUGCAGGAAGGACGAGGAAGAGUCACUUAUGAUACCGCCUGGCGGGAUGGCGGCUUUCGACAUCGAGGUGGUGGGACGGACGCGAUUGACCGAUGCCAUUAUUCAGUUCGAUUAUGCUCAUCUCGGAAAGCGAAGGUCAGACGUCGAAGAGCGGUUCUUCACAAGACAGUUGUUCGUCCCUGUUGCCAUAACUGUGAACGCGAGUGUGCAACUACAACGGCCCGACAUCGUGUCGUUGUCAGGCGACUUCGCCUGGUCAGUACACCAAGACCGUUCCGCCACUAAGCCUUCGAAUUUCAUCGGGCAGCCUUCAUCACCCUUGAUGGAAAUGCAAGAUCCAAGUUUCCUUCACUUCCUUAGCCAACGAGGCGGAGGGGAUUACAGCGAUGAGUAUUGUCUGCUCCUUCUAGACUUACGGAACUCCUGGCCCAACCCAUUGUCAGUAUCCCUCCACGUUCGUUCCUCGCCCAAGACACAAGAGGACUUAGAGGAUACCUGCAGCAAAUCCAAUUCCAUCGAAGAGGUUAUUCAACCCGGGCACGUUAAUCGCAUUGUGCUGGCACUCCCCAAGCUGUAUCUCAAGGAUCCUCACGCCCCUGUACCAUCAUUGAACCCUGCAAACCAACGUCAGUUCGUCGUGAGCACGAGCAAAAUAUCCCCCGAAGCUGAGCGUGCCAGCCGAGAAGCAUUCUGGUAUCGUCAUGAGCUGUUGAAGCUCGUACGUGGCACCUGGGAAGAGCAUGGCAGUGGGCGGAGAGGCAACAUUGACUUACGCAGUAUACGAUUCUCGCCACGCAUGGUCGAGGCCAUCAAACUGGAUGAUGUAAGGAUUGAUAUGACUGUGGCACCGGACAACCUCGAAAUCACAAACAAGAUUAUACAAACCGGCCGAGCCAAGUUCCAGGUCACUGUCGACGAAUUCCUCACUCUGAGAACAACAAUCUAUAAUCGUAGCCCACAACCUAUAAGCCCACUACUACGCCUUCAACCCCAUCUAGCCGGUCUUCCUCACGGCAUUGCUCUCGACCUCGACAAGCGCUUCUCAUGGACCGGAGUCCUGCAGCACAAACUGCCAGUGGUUCAGCCUGGCGACUCGGUGCAGUCCGAGCUCGGCAUCGUUGCCCUCUGUAGCGGCAUUUUCGAAAUCGCCGCCACUGUGGACGAGGUUGCGUUUCGUCCGCAAGUCGACCCUGCGCCGGAGCCGAAAAACAGACCCCGGAGUGGGACUGCAACGUUAAUGGAUACGCGUAUGUUGGGGGAACGGAGAUUGCGGUCCUGGCAUUUGAAGGAACCGUGUGUGAUUGUGGCGAGACGGAUCGAGGCUGAAUGAUGGGUUGUUGGUUAUUCAUGUUUCUUGUUUUCUCCUGGCUUUUCAGCAAGCGGUCUUGACAUAGAAAAGAUGCUGAGUGAUAGAGAAUCGGUAUGAGGUGUUCUUCGCAGCCUGCUAUGCCUACGAACAUAUCGAUAUCGUCUUUCCCAUGUGUCUCAAUUCGGCCCUCUUGCGUCUUCUCCGGCUUGUACCUAGAGCUACUCCGUAGUCUGCACCGCAUUCCAUUCUGACGAUAAUACGCACUUCUUGGGCGCCUCCAAGAUCUGCCCAAUCAUAGAACUUGUAUGGGCUGCUCGUCAUCAAAAAAGUAAAGAAAUGGCUGAGUUCAAGUAGUUUCAGCUACCGCCCCUUUUCGCGC